GAAUAAUUAACUUAAUUUGACUAUCUGGUUUGUGGAUGCGUUUACUCUCAUGUAAGUCAACAACAUCCUGGGACUGGGACACACUUUCUGGGCACUGCUGGCCAGUCCCAAAAUGGGACGUAAGGAAGUGAUUCUUCUACUUCUUUUAUUUCUGAAAUCAGGUCAAGGAGAGCCUCUGGAGGACUAUGUGAAUACCCAGGGGGCUUCGCUGUUCAGUUUCACUAAGAAAAAGCUGGAGGCAGGAAGCAUAGAGGAAUGUGCAGCAAAAUGUGAAGAAGAGAGAGAAUUCACCUGCAGGUCAUUUCAAUAUCACAGUAAAGAGCAACAAUGUGUGAUAAUGGCUGAAAACAGGAAGUCUUCCACAAUCAUUAGGUUGAGAGAUGUCAUUUUAUUUGAAAAGAAAAUGUAUCUUUCAGAGUGCAAGACUGGGAAUGGAAAGAACUACAGAGGGACAAUGUCCAAAACAAAAAAUGGUGUCACCUGUCAAAAAUGGAGUUCUACUGUUCCCCACAUACCUAAUUACUCCCCUGAUACACACCCCUCAGAGGGACUGGAGGAGAACUACUGCAGGAACCCAGACAGCGAUGAGAAGGGGCCCUGGUGCUACACUACCGAUCCAGACCAGAGAUACGACUACUGUGACAUUCCAGAGUGUGAAGAUGAAUGUAUGCAUUGCAGUGGAGAAAAUUAUGAUGGAAAAAUUUCCAAGACCAUGUCUGGACUGGAAUGCCAGGCCUGGGACUCUCAGACCCCACACGCUCAUGGAUACAUUCCCUCCAAAUUUCCAAGCAAGAACUUGAAGAAAAAUUACUGUCGUAACCCUGAUGGAGAGCCCCGGCCUUGGUGUUUCACCACCAACCCAAACAAACGCUGGGAACUCUGCGACAUCCCCCGCUGCACAACACCUCCACCAUCUUCUGGUCCCACCUACCAAUGUCUGAAGGGAACAGGUGAAAACUACCGUGGGAAUGUGGCUGUUACCGUGUCGGGGCACACCUGUCAGCGCUGGAGUGCACAGACCCCUCACAGACACAACAAGACACCAGAAAACUUUCCCUGCAAAAAUUUGGAUGAAAACUACUGCCGUAACCCUGAUGGAGAAAAGGCCCCAUGGUGCUAUACAACCAACAGCCAAGAGCGGUGGGAGUACUGUAACAUACCGUCCUGUGAGUCCUCCCCGGCGUCUACAGAACAGCUGGAUGCCUCAGCACCACCUGAGCAAACACCUGUGGUCCAUGAUUGCUACCAUGGUGAUGGACAGAGUUACCGAGGCACAUCCUCCACCACUGUCACAGGAAAGAAGUGUCAAUCUUGGUCAUCUAUGACACCGCACCGGCAUCAGAAGACCCCAGGAAAGUACCCAAAUGCUGACCUGACAAUGAACUACUGCAGGAAUCCAGAUGCCGAUAAAAGCCCUUGGUGUUUCACCACAGACCCCACGGUCAGGUGGGAGUAUUGCAACCUGAAAAAAUGCUCAGAAACAGAAGGGAGUGUCGCGUCACCUCCGUCUGUUGCCCAAGUUCCAAAUGUAGAGACUCCUUCUGAACAAGAGUGUAUAAUCGGGAAUGGGAAAAAAUACCGGGGCAAGAAGGCAACCACUGUUACUGGAAUUCCAUGCCAAGAAUGGGCUGCCCAGGAGCCCCAUAAACAUAACAGUUUCACUCCAGAAACACAUCCACGGGCAGGUCUGGAAAAAAACUACUGCCGUAACCCUGAUGGUGACGCCGGUGGUCCCUGGUGCUACACAACAAACCCAAGAAAACUUUUCGACUACUGUGAUAUUCCUCAGUGUGCGACCCCUUCAUAUGAUUGUGGGAAGCCUCAAGUGGAGCCGAAGAAGUGUCCUGGAAGGGUUGUAGGGGGGUGUGUGUCCCAUGCACAUUCCUGGCCCUGGCAAGUCAGUCUCAGAACAAGGUUUGGAAACCUCCACUUCUGUGGAGGCACCUUGAUAUCCUCAGAGUGGGUGUUGACUGCUGCCCACUGCUUGGAAAGGUCCUCAAACCCUUACUUCUACAAGGUCAUCCUGGGUGCACACCAAGAAGUGAAACUUGAAUCCCAUGUUCAGCAAAUAGAAGUGUCUAAGCUGUUCUUGGAGCCCAGACGAGCAGAUAUUGCCUUGCUGAAGCUAAGCAGUCCUGCCAUCAUCACUGACAAAGUGAUCCCAGCUUGUCUGCCAUCCCCAAAUUACGUGGUCGCCGACCGGACCGAAUGUUUCAUCACUGGCUGGGGAGAAACUAAAGGUACCUUUGGGGCUGGCUUUCUCAAGGAAGCCCGGCUCCCCGUGAUUGAGAAUAAAGUGUGCAAUCGCUACGAGCUUCUGGAUGGAAGAGUCAAAUCCACCGAGCUCUGUGCUGGGGAUCUGGCAGGAGGCACUGACAGUUGCCAGGGUGACAGUGGAGGGCCUCUGGUUUGCUUCGAGAAGGACAAAUACGUUUUACAAGGAGUCACUUCUUGGGGUCUUGGCUGUGCACGCCCCAAUAAGCCUGGUGUCUAUGCUCGUGUUUCAAGUUUUAUUACUUGGAUUGAAGAAGUGAUGAGAAAUAACUAAUUGGACGGGAGACAGAGUGAAGCAUCAACUCACCUAGAGGCUGGAACUUGGGUAGGGAUUCAGCAUGCUGGAAAUAAUUGACAGUAAUCAAACAAAGACACUGUCCCCAGCUACCAGCUAUGCCAGACCUCAGCUUUUUUUGUAUUAUUGUCUGACUGCUGGAUUCUGUAAUGACAUAGCUAUGACAUUUCUUAAAAAUAAACUCUGUACUUAACAUUGA